GGAAAAACUAGGGUAUAAAAGCCCUUCAAAAAUUUCAUAUUUCAAACCACAGAUUCAAACAUCUCCAUUCCCCCGACAACGGGACUGCAAGCUGAAGUCAUAUUAACAUUCCAGAUUGUCUUCCAAUUCAUCGUUGAAAUUACCGGAUAGAUCUUGAUUAAUGGCGACAUUUGAGCUUUACCGACGGUCCACGAUUGGUAUGUGUUUGACUGAAACAUUAGAUGAGAUGGUUCAUAAUGGCACUCUCAGCCCCGAGCUUGCCAUUCAAGUUCUUGUACAAUUCGAUAAGUCGAUGACAGAAGCUCUUGAGUCUCAAGUAAGGACUAAGGUCACCAUUAAGGGACAUCUCCACACCUACAGAUUCUGUGACAAUGUGUGGACUUUCAUUUUACAAGAUGCAUUGUUCAAGAGUGAGGAGUUGCAGGAAAAUGUCAGCCGAGUAAAAAUCGUAGCUUGUGACUCUAAGCUUCUUUCGCAAUAAUGGUUAAUCUUUGAUCUAAGGGACAAAUUACUUAUGUCGUAGUCUAGUUCUCUAGAACCUUCCCCAAGCCCCUAAUUACUGUAGAAAGGUGCAGAUACUAAAAGUACCAGAUUUAUGGAACGCUUUUUAUCAUCUUAGAAAAUUUUCAUUAUUUUGUGAUAUAUUGUAUGUUUCUAUCUACUACUGUAUCAUUGUGUUGAUAAUGUUUCAGUUCUGGGCAUGAUCCUUUCUCCAUAUUGUAUGGAGGCAAAAAUCCCUUAUUGGUGCAGAGAAACUCGAUGGAGGUUUUUA